UGUUCGCUGCCAAAAGGGGCAGACGAGUGAUGUGAAAAUUGUCAAAUAUUUUGUGCGAGGUGGUGUUCCGCGGUGAACUUGAUAGUGAUCCAAAAGAUCGUCGCGAUGUCCAGUACCCUGGAGAAUAAGAUUCUAAAUUUGCAAGAACGUCUCAGAGCGGAAAAUGAAUCGAGGGACAGAGACAGACAGAGUGGCGAGGUUGGACUAGGAACGGGCAUUCAAUCGUCAUCCACGGGAACUGUCUCAAGCCCUGCCUCUCGACCUCCAAUUCCAACAUUAAAAGUCUCACAAAUACCUCCAAAGAAGCAAGACAGUGAGUUUGAAUCAAAGCUACAAGAAAUAAUGAAAAUGAAUGGUAUUUUGAACAUCAAUGGACAAAGGUAUCAAACUGAAAUGAAAGAUUUAGAACACCUGGGUGAAUUAGGAAAUGGGACCUGUGGACAUGUUGUUAAAAUGAGGCAUAAACCUAGUGGUGUACUCAUUGCGGUAAAACAAAUGCGACGUUCUGGUAAUGCAGAAGAGAAUAAGAGGAUAAUUAUGGAUCUUGAUGUUGUAUUAAAAUCACAUGAUUGUCCAUAUAUUGUGCAAUGUUUGGGAUGUUUCAUCACAGAGUCUGAUGUAUGGAUUUGUAUGGAAUUAAUGGCAACUUGUUUGGACAAAUUAUUGAAGAGAACUAGACAAGCAAUGCCAGAAGAAUUUUUAGGAAAAGUUACAGUAGCAACAGUAAAAGCAUUAUCAUACCUAAAAGAAAAACAUGGUGUAAUUCAUAGAGAUGUGAAGCCUAGCAAUAUUCUUCUUGACGAAAGGGGAGGAGUAAAAUUAUGUGAUUUUGGUAUAUCUGGCAGACUAGUUGAUAGUAAAGCAAAAACUAGAAGUGCAGGAUGUGCUGCAUACAUGGCUCCUGAAAGAAUAGAUCCUCCAGAUCCAACAAAACCAGAUUACGAUAUUAGGGCAGAUGUAUGGAGUUUGGGUAUUACUUUAGUAGAAUUAGCUACAGGAGUAUUCCCUUAUCGAGACUGUAAGACUGACUUCGAGGUACUAAGCAGAGUAGUACAAGAUGAUCCUCCAUCCCUUCCACCAGAUGCACCUUUUUCAAAAGAAUUUAGGAGCUUUGUGAGUUGCUGCCUUACAAAAAAUUAUAAACAUCGUCCGAAAUAUCACAAGCUCAUGGAGCAUUCUUUCAUUCGAAAAUAUGAUGUGUCUCAAGACGAAGAAACAAACUCCUCAGUCUUAAAUUCUGGUUGCCAAUGGUUUGGCAGAGUUAUGCGACAAUUGGAACCAAGAUUGCCAGGCUGGCAGCAGCGAGUUACGGGUCAUGUAUCUCUAAAGCAAACAGCUCAUCUCAGGGCUCAAUCUGAAGUACCAGCUUUCUUACGAAGCAAUGUCACCAAAGACUCACAGAACUCCGGUUUUCUGCCAUUUCAUCAACGAUCAAAUAGUGAGAAUGGUGCGAACUAUGUAUCUUAUAGUCCAUACGCGCUUAGACGAAAGGAAAUUUCCAGGCCGUUUUCUCCUCCUUCGUCCAGUGAUGUCGACACAUCGGAAACGAAUUGUCAACGAUCGUAUUCACCGUAUAGACAUGUCGAACAAAACAGAGACUAUAGCACGAAUCACUAUCCUACCAAUGGACAAGGUAGACAAGAAGCAAGACCGUUCUCUCCUUAUAGACAGGAUGUUAAUUCGAUAGAUGCAAGCAACAGACUCUAUUCACCGUACCAUGGACGCUUCACGGAAGAUCGGGACACUAGCAAAGAACGAUUGCAAGGUGCUCCCAGAUCAUUGAGUCCAUUUACUCGUGACUAUUCACCCUGGAGGCGAGAAAACGUCGAUCCUCCGAACGUAGUACAACCGACAGAAAGUGGUCGAUACUCGCCAUUUCUACAACAACGACUAGGACAAAUUCCACCUGUGCCUCAGACUCAUCCGCAGUCGCAAGAUAUUUAUGGUAGCCCCAUGAUUAGUCGUAAAAGGUUUCCUUCUGAGCCACCUCCGCAAGGAUCUCAUGGUUCUACCAGUCCCGAAUUAUUAAUUUCCCGUUUCGCACACCAGAUGAAGCAAGAUUCUCCUUCCAUUAUGCCACCAACUCAGGGAGGAUCAAAGGAAUCCGCUAAGAAACGUUUUGCAUCUUACGUUCGUCUAAGGCUCGGCAGUGAACGUGCACCUUCGCCGGAACCACCGCCAAGAUUUAGUCGCGGUGAAUCUCCGCUUGCUCUUAGAAGAAAUUUAGUUGAUCAGGCGUCUCCUUCUUUUGCACGAAGAUAUAUUUCAUCUUCACCGCCUCAACCUCCUCCAAGGAGAUUAUCGGAGAGUAAUUCCGUGCCUGGUAGUCCUCAGCAUGUACGAGCUCGUCUGCGUUACACCCCCGAACCUCAGAGAAGACCUCCGCCACCAUAACCCACCGUUACGAUUAAAUCAUAUUCCUUGUUGGUGCCAUAUGCGUUAAAAUUAACUGAAUUCAUCAUAUGUACCACGUAGAAUGGUGUCGUAAUCAACGAUGAUCGUGCAC